UCAAAAAUUUCACCAACGCAGGGCAAUAUAAAAUUACACUCGAGAAGGGAAUACAAUUUUAUAGUAUGGCAACACCAACUACAGUCAAUGUAAGUGUGACCAGCUAUCAAAGAAGAAACAAUCUUACGGUGUCCACAAAUUAAAAUCAAAGAAGAAGAAAGGAAUUUAAAAACGAAGCCUGUAUCCGUUUUUUAUUGUUUUAAAUAAUUAAAAUGGGCGCCGAUACCGACACUGCUGACGAAACGGCUAGUUCACCCGAGGAUGAACGCAUGGCCCUACUGGAAAUCAACAUAUCCAACACGAACGCCGACUCCCAGGUAGUGCUGAACGACUUGCGGCUCCUGGAGCUCCUUUGCAUGUACCCGUUCCUCUUCAGCAGGCAAGUGUCUCCACAGCAGGACUAUAAUGAUUGGGGCUGGGAGCAGGUGACCAAAGCCUUCAACGAGAGCUACGAGGGCAUACCGUUGAGCACACCGUUCUCCGCGGCGGAGCUGCAAUGGCGCUGGGAGAUCUUGUGGCCGCUGAUCAAUUCGCUGGCACGGGCAAAGAGUCAGAUUCCGGAGCCGAUGUGGAAGAUUGUGGUACACCUGAACAAUCGUCUGAAUGGCGAAAAGCCCAAGGAGACAUGCAACUCUAGGUGCCAGGAUCUUGUGCUUAGUCAGCUGCCUUUUGUGGAGGAGCUCUCCCAUAGCCAGCGGCUGCGCCUCGAGGUGGAGGUUUUAGACCUUAUCAUGGACGAGGAGCGUCGCUCACAGUACUUAUACGAUGAUAUGAACACUAGAACGAAGAGGGUGGUUCAGAGCGAGUACGAUGAGUUUUUUGCGUCUAUAAAGGUGAAGGAACUGCCACCGGACACCUUGAAGCGCCUGGAAAUGGAUAAUGGCUCCUCCUCCUCCCAAUCACAAUCGCCCAAUAUUGUGAAUGCUAAUGUAACGGGCCUGGUGAUCAGCAAUGUGUUCAGCAGCGCCGAAGAAGUCACGAAUGGAACAAACGUGCCCGUAAUCAAGAUAGAACCAGUUGAUGAAGAUGAAGAUGGGUUAGAGCCACCAAAUUCGUCCCCGAUCAAAUCCAAUGACAAUCUCGCUACGGAAGGAGCAGUUACUUAUAACGUUAUUGUACCCAUAAAGAGCGCCAAGGAGUUUUGUAAAAAUGUGCGAGUCCGAUUGAAACGUUUGGAUAUGGACGAAUAUAUGCCAUUGUCCAGCAUGCGACGAUCUAGUCGAUUCACCGCGAAACACUAAACUCUUCACUUUGUAUCAAAUGCUCAUAAGUUUAUUUAAAAAAUACACAUUACUAUAAAUUACAACUUAAGGCUAUUGUAUAAUCCG